CUCCUCCUCCUCCAAUUCUCCCCCAAUUCCCACCCUGCGGAGGAGGCAGGGAGGAAGGCCGGACCGAACAGCCCGCCCACCGCCCGCUGCGGGAUUGGGACAGGGCCUGUGGCCGGCCGCCAUUCGGUUCGGUUGCUUGACCGCGGCGAAGGGGCAGCGUCGUCGGCCGGGAUGGACGACCUCAAGCAGAUCCUGGCGCGGCCGAUCCAGCUUGCCGAGCAGGUAAUAAAGUGGUCUGACGAGGCCUACACGUUCCGGCAGGAGUGCAUGGAGCUCAAGGCCAAGGUCGAGCGCCUGGCCGUGCUGCUCCGCCAGGCCGCGCGCGCCGACCUCUACGAGCGCCCCGCGCGCCGCAUCUUCGACGACACCGAGAAGGCGCUCGACAAGGCGCUGGCCCUCGUCGACAAGUGCCGCGCGCACGGCCUCGUCCGCCGCGUCUUCACCAUCAUCCCCGCGGGCUCCUUCAAGAAGAUGACCAACCAGCUCGACAACUCCGUCGGCGACCUCUCCUGGCUCCUCCGCGUCUCCUCCUCGGCCAACGACGACGACGACGACUUCGACGCCCACAUCGGGCUCCCGCCCAUCGCGCAGAACGAGCCCAUCCUCUUCCUCAUCUGGGAGCAGAUCGCAGUGCUCUACACCGGCAACCUCGAAGCCCGCGCCGACGCCGCCGCCAGCCUCGUCUCGCUGGCGCGCGACAAUGACAGGUACUCUAAGCUCAUCAUAGAGGAAGAUGGCGUGCCGCCGCUGCUCAAGCUCGUCAAGGAGGCGCAUCUCGAGGGGCAGGAGAACUGCGCGCUCGCCAUCGGCCUCCUAGGCCGCGAUCCGGAGUGCGUCGAGCAGAUGGUCCAAGCCGGGGUGUGCUUGGCCUUCGCCAAGGUGCUCAAGGAGGGCCCCAUGAAGGUGCAGGCCAUGGUGGCCUGGGCCGUCUCGGAGCUCGCUGCCAACCACCCCAAGUGCCAGGACGCGUUCGCGCAGCACAACGUCAUCCGGCUGCUCGUCGGCCACCUCGCUUUCGAGACGGUGCAGGAACACUCCAAGUACGCCGUCGCGUCCAAGAUGUCGAUACAUUCCGUGCUAAUGGACAAAAAGAACAUCACCGGCUCUCCAGUUCAGCAGGACUUACUGGACGCAGGGGAGCACGGAGGCACGAGGUAUCCGACUGGACACGCUUCCCAGAGCAAGAAUGAGAUCCACAGUUUGGUGCAGUCCACCAUGGCUGCCAAGUCUAAUGGAGGCAGUGGUAAGCACAACGUAUCUAGUAAUGGUGGUGUCAUGGCAACGAAGCAGCACAAUGCGUCAUUGUCAGGAACGAGUAUAAGAGGCCGGGAGUUCGAAGACCCUGAGACAAAGGCAUACAUGAAAGCCAAUGCAGCUAAGGCGUUAUGGCAGCUUGCCAAGGGAAAUGCAGCUAUCUGUAAGAGCAUCACAGAGUCAAGGGCUCUGCUCUGCUUCGCUGUUCUUCUUGAGAAAGGCGAAGGCGACGUGCAAUAUAAUUCUGCAAUGGCUCUCAUGGAGAUCUGCUGUGUGGCCGAGCAGAAUUCCGACCUACGACGAUCAGCAUUCAAGCCAACUUCUCCUGCUGCCCGGGCUGUUGUUGACCAGCUCCUGCGUGUUGUUGAGAAGGCUGAGUAUGAUGAUCUCCUGAUUCCCUGCAUUAUCUCUCUAGGUUGCUUGUCCAGAACAUUCCGUGCUACAGAGACUCGGAUUAUUGGACCGUUGGUGAAGCUUCUUGAUGAGAGGGAAGCAGAUGUGUCUCGAGAGGCAGCAAUUUCCCUGACCAAGUUUGCGUGCACAGAUAAUUACCUGCACGUUGACCAUUCCAAAGCGAUCAUCAGUGCAGGUGGAGCGAAGCACCUAGUUCAGCUUGUGUAUUUCAGCGAGCAGGUGGUUCAGAUUGCAUCACUCACCCUUGUAUGCUACAUUGCACACAAUGUCCCAGACAGCGAGGAGCUGGCACAAGCAGAAAUCCUCACGGUGCUCGAAUGGGCUUCCAAGCAAGCUUACAUGGUGCAAGACCCAGUAAUAGACAACUUGUUGCCAGAAGCAAAGAUCAGAUUGGAACUGUAUCAAUCUAGAGGCGCAAAAGGCUAUCAUUAGAUUAGCUGCUGUGGAAAGGCAUGAAAGAGGAAUUUUAAGGCGUUCUUCUUUGAAUUGGCCAAGUACUGUAUAUACAUCCAACGGCUUCUCUCUAUACUCUGGCUAAACCCUUUUGAUUCCAGGCAUGGCAAACGUUGUUGAAGUUACACCGCUGGUUGGGUUCUCGAUACAGGGAAGUAAGUUUUGUUUGUAGGCUUGGAUGUUCAGAACUCCAAUUCCUCUUGUUGGUGGUAUAGUUUUUGGGAGAUUAGCAUCUUGUACUCUCUUUGGCCUAAUGAUGUAUCGUGUAUAUU